AUGUCAUUUAUUUUAAAGUUAUUCAUCAUCCUACACUUCGGAAUUGGUUAUAUUUUCCUCUAUACAUACGAACUGAUUUCAAUAUUGUUGACAAAAUUCAAACCAACACUAAUGAACCCAAUUAGACAAUUAAGUCGAAAUGAUGCAUCAUGUAGAACUACUAACCUACCCGACAAUAAAAAGUUAUUUAGAUAUAAAUUGUAUUUAGAUUAUGCUGUAAAUUUGUUGAAAACUACUAAGAAAUCUAAUGUAAUGGAAGCUAUCGAAGUUAUUUUAUAUAUUUUAAAAGACAAUAAAUUGACCAAACUACAAACUGAUUGUUUAUAUCAUUUGGCCGUUGGUUUCUUAAAAUUAAAUGACUAUCAUAAUGCUACCAUCUAUUGUCAGUGUUUGUUAACCAUUGAAUCAGAUAAUCAGAAAAUCAAGAAUCUGUUAUUGGAAAUCAAAUCACGCUCGUAUGAAGUGAUUGUAAACAGUGUGAAGUUCGCGACAACAUCAGUGUCAAUUCACUAA